AUGAAGAGCUGCAAAAACAACUCUAACUUCUUUUGGUGCAACUUAAAAAAGAACUUACGGUUAGAUGGGCGUAAUUUUGAGGACUCUAGAAACAUUUCCAUAUAUUUUUUAGGAGAGUAUGGAAAUGUCGAAAUAUGCAUUGGGCAUACGAAAGUUAUAUGUAGAAUAACAAGUGAAAUUGUGAAACCUUUUGAUAAAAGACCAAAUGAAGGGAUCAUAAAAGUUAACCUAGAUAUAGAUAGUUUUACAAAUGUAAAUGAUAAUUCCAAAACAAGUGAUGAAUGUUUGGAAAUUAAAAAUUUAAUUGAAAGGAUUUUAAAAGCAAGUAAUCUUUUAAAUUUCGAAUCUUUGUGUAUUAUACCCCAUAAGAAAGUAUGGUGUCUGAUAAUUAAUAUUGUUGUUAUUGAAAAUGAUGGUAAUUUAUAUGACUCAUGUUAUUUAUCUGCUUAUAGUGCAUUAGUACAUUUUCGAAAUAAUGAAGUGACAGUUGAAAAUUCAGGAAAUAUUAUUGUUGAAGAGGGGGAAACGAAUUAUACUCCCUUGUCAAUUCAUAAUACACCAAUUUUAACAACUUUUGCAUAUUUCAAUUGUGAAGAUGUGUGUUUGAUCGAUCCAUCUAUACAGGAAGAAGAAUUCAUGUCUUCGAAGUUAUCCGUAGCACUUAAUAAGAAUGGGAAACUAAUUAGCAUUUUGAAACCUGGCGGGUUUCCAAUAUCCUAUGAAAGAAUAAUUGAAGCCAUUGAACUGGCAAAAAAAAGAGUGAAAAGUAUUUUAAAAAUUUUACAAGAUGCAUUAGAAGAGGACAAAAAUUUAAGAAAUGGUUUAAAAAAAAAAAAUUUACAUAUAAAAUACUCUUCCAAUCCAGUUCAUAUAAAAUAUGAUCAUGAAAAUAUGUGCGAAAAACCGUUAGUUAUACCCCUUAAUCAAUCAUUAAAAAAUAAUAUGAACAUUGAAAACAUUAUAAAAAAAUAUGAACAGUACAUAUACUUGCAAAAUAUGAAAGAAGAAGAAAAGUGUAAAACAACCAAGGAUAGGACAGACACCGUUGGUGAUGUACCCACAAAUCAGUACCUCUUAAACGAAGAACUUCGGAAAUUAAAGCAUAAAAGCAGAUCAAAGAAUGAUGAUGAUUUUUGUCUCACGGAUAAUUAUAACAGGCACAUGAAUAACUUUAGUAACGAGCGAACAGAACACGAAAGUAGCAGUGGGAAUACAGAUAUGGGGAAAAUAAAAAGACAAGAAAUUAGCGACAUUAAUUCAUAUUUACAUAAUUUGAAAAUGCAAAAAACUAAGAAUUAUAUACCAAGAAAGGAGAAUACUAUUUUUUCAAGUUCAUUAUCAGAAAAUACUGUCAAAAAGGAUAUUGAUAAAAUAGACAUGAAUGUUCGCACCCCCCCCUAUUUUAAAGGAUUGUCAGACUUUGCUAAUGAUAAAAGAAAUAUGAAGGAGAAGAAAAGCAUCGAGUCUUCUGCUUUAUCAAAUGAUGAUUCAUCCGAUAUUGAUUUUUCUGUUGCUAUUAAUCAAAAUUUGAAGAAAUCGAAAAAAAAAAAAAACUAG